GCAGCGAUGGCAUUGAACAGUCUUGUAACCGUCGUCUUGAUAUGUGUUUCAUGUCACCAUGCCAACAUCAAGGUACAUGUGUACCGCUAGAAAAUGGAUAUCGUUGCAAUUGUCCACCAGAAUGGACAGGAGAAAAUUGUGAAAAGUCUAUUUAUGUGGAUAAUUGUUUGCCGAAUUUGUGCUUUUCGGAUUCCGUUUGCAAAUUAGUAAAUCGAACAGCGCGAUGUAUGCAAUGUCGUUGGCAUUAUCACGAUACGGAUUCGCAGUGUAGACUGCGUUCGAUUUCAUUUGGAGAAAACGGUGGUUACAUCGUUCUACCUUUACAGAUUACUCGAAUACAAUGGGAAUUGCAGUUUAGCAUAGCAACAGUAGCAUCGGAUGGUGUAUUGCUUUUUGCGGGAAAUUUAUCGUCGGAUUUUCUGGAAGUGUCACUAGAGGAUGAACUUAUUAGGGGACGAUUUUCCCUCGGUCAUGACAUCUAUGAGGUUACAAUGGAUGAUUGGCCAGAAAACAGAAUAAGCGAUGGAAAAUGGCAUCAAGUAAAGCUCGAUUACUAUGAUAAUAAAUUGAUCAUAUCACUGGAUGAUUGUGAUGUUCAUAUUGCCAUGAAGUAUAGCAAUAUUACUGGUUAUCAGAAAUGUGCUGCUGCGGUUAUCGCAAAAUUACCGAAAAAAUGUGACGACCCAGCCGUAAGCUGUUAUCGAUUUUUCGAUCUUCCUACUGCUAUAAAUCUUGGCGGUCGAGCAGUAACUAUUGCUGAACAGAAUUAUAUCAGUGGAAUCAAUAAUAAUCAAUAUGGGUCAGCAAGAAUUCAGGAACCAUUCUCUGGAUGCAUCGCAAAUUUAACCUAUGAUGGAACACUCGUAGAUUUUUCAAAGUUUGAGGAAUUCGAAAAAGUUGGAGACUUACAACCUGGUUGUAAGCAGAAAAGAAAUGAUUGUCACAAUAACCCAUGUCAUCAUACUGCAAUUUGUGAGCCAGCAUGGGAUGGAUAUCAUUGCCGCUGUAAGCAAAUAGCGCAUACUAAUGGGCCUUGCUCUGAUGACGGAGAUUCAUUUGUUUCAUUGUAUGACGAAGAAUCGUUCGUUUUUUGGAAUGUACCAGAUGGUAUGAAGUUCUACAAUUUGUCAUUCGAAUUUCGGACGCGUUCACGUGAAACACAAGUUAUUACAAUUGAAUUUUCGAAAAGGUCACAAUUCAUUAUUUUUUCGGUAAGUCACGGCAAGGGACUGAUAAGCAUUGGCUCCGAACAGUAUUUUCUAUCAUUUCCAAAUUUUGCUGACGGCAAUUUGAAAAGCCUUUCAAUUGUUGUCGAAAAAUACGCUACGCUUAUUGUCAUCGAUCACUUAUACAAAAAGCGUAUUGUAAUGCAAAAUAAUGGCUUAUAUCGUGACAUACGCAAAAUUUAUUCGGGAUUAGCUCCAUCAACCAGUUAUCCACAACGAUUUGAAGGAUGUCUUCGGAACGUUAAAAUCAAUAACUUGCGAUUGAAUUUAGCUGAAAAUAUGAUGACAAAACCUGGUUGUCAAGUACCAAAUGGAUGCAAUUCGCCAAAAGCCUGUCCUCCUAACAGUGUUUGCGUUCGAGAAUGGGACCGACAUCGUUGCGAAUGCAAUCCAGGUUUCAUUGGCGACGGAUGCGUAAAUAUUUGUUCACUACCGAAUUUAUGUGGUAAAGAAGGUGUGUGUCACAUAAAGAAUAGUUCAAAAGGGUAUGAAUGUGUCUGCAGUGGUGAAUUGAAUGGACAGAAUUGUGAACGUAAAAUAGCUUUGCAAAUAUGUCCAAAAGGAUGGUAUGGUACUUUUCCGAAAUGUAAACAGUGCUCCUGUGAUACCGGAAGAGGUUUCCUGGAACAAUGCAAUACCAAAACGGGCGAAUGUUACUGCAAGAAUGGUGCCUAUUAUUCGGGAAAUGAAUGUAUAUCGUGUGAAUGCGGUUAUGGUUCCUCGGACUUAACUUGUACCUCGAAAGGUCAAUGCCAGUGUAUCGGUGAAGCAGUUGGUCGUCGGUGUGAUCGGUGUCCUAGUUCGGAUCAAGUUUUAGAUCGGAAAACUUUAAAAUGUUUGAAAAUCAAAAAUAGAUGUCCAUCAAACAUUGAGUAUGGUAUUCAAUGGCCAACGACAAUUGUUGGAGCUACUGCAAGACAAAGCUGUCCAAAUGGUGAAGUUGGUUUAGUUUUACGGAAAUGUUUGAGAAGUGCCUACUGGGAUCAAAUCAACAGUUAUAACUGUACUCUUUCUGCCUUCACUAAGUUAGAUUUGACUGAUCGAUUGAAGCUUGUACAAAGCUUGUCAAAUGCAACAAGCAGCGUGCUGCAAUUGAAAGGUGUCAAUGUUGCUAUUGCGAGAAAAGCAAUGAAACAAUUAAUCAGAGAAGAACUUACUGGAAAUGAUCUACCGAAUAGUCAUUUGAAAUCAGCAGAAUAUACCAAUCAUUUACUGAAAGUGGCGGAUAGUUUAUUGAAGAUAAAGGAUUACCUACAUAAUGCGCAGUUAAUUCAUAUGUUCAAUGAUUAUGUAUUCGCAGUGGAUGAGAUAUCAGCUGAUGGGACUCGAAUAUUGCCAAAGUUCAAUAACUUUGUGGAUGAACGCGCGGAGAAUUUUCGUAGUAUACAGAUGAAGCUUCUAUGUGAAGAUACAGUAGUUUAUCCUAGAAAUAUUAUAUUUUACGGUAUGUUCAACAAUGUAGACCGUUUCCACUGCAAUGCACCGAUCGUUGCUGCUUACUACAAUGCCACUUGUGUAAUUCAAGUGUUAUUCCCAGUUAACGAAGAAGCUUGGAAGUAUCCAGAGUGUGUGAUUGCCGAAGAUCCGAUAGAAAAUGGCAAAUUGUCUAAAACUAAAGAUUGGGCAAAUGAAAAUGUAAAAACGGAAAAUAUAUUUUUGGAUUGGUCUGCACAAAGAGCUGCACUCGUGGGACUUAAUCAUACCCAUGCUAUUUGUAAUUUCGAAAGAUCUGGUGUUUACACAAUCAUUAUUCGACCAGAUCAUGGGGCUCUGAUCCGUUUCAUACCUUCAAAAACCAUACCUUAUGCUGGAUCAUUGUGCGUAAUAUUUGCUCUUGUUUUACUUCUACUGUCGGCGAUCCGAAGUCUUUAUCGGCCCUGUCUACGCCUAAGGCUUAUUCGAUUCGGCUUUAUCCUUAUGUUUGCACUGGAUGUGAUUGCUAUUUUCUUAGUUCAUCGACUUCAACCAAGCACUGUAUUUUGUCUUGCACGUAAUACAAUUAUAAGUUUAUGUACUUCGGCAGUAUUUGCAUGGCUUUUUAUGUAUUCCUUCCACAUUUAUCGGCUUCUGGCAACGGGAAAGGCAGAGUCGAAUUACUGGAUGAUAAUGCUAUGUUCAGUGAUUAUUCCAAUAUUAUUAUCACUAGCGUCGUUUUUCCUUGCUCCAGGAUGUUCACUUUCACCAAACCAACCUUUCUUCUGGGUUCUCCUGAUUCCAGUUGCACUUUAUAUCUUGUUCGAUUUUUACGCGUUUUCGACGGCCCUUCUGAUAUCAUUUAGUAAGCAGUUCAAUUAUAUGGUCACCGAGUAUUCCAUUCGAACGACACUUUGGUUGCACAUUAUCCUGUCUAUAUUGUGCGCAUUUUAUAAUUCUUUCGGUCUUUACAUACUGUUCGAUCAUGCUGAUAAUCCACUCUACGAAAUUGCGCUCAAUUCAACAUUGGUCUUUGUUGCCACAUAUAUUUUCUUAUGGACAAAUUAUUUUGGUCCAAAGCAAAAUAUUCGUUAUGAUAAUGGUUUGUGGAUGAAUAACUUGCCGAAAAGUACAGAAGAAGCUUUGGAUCCUCAGUGCCAAACUCCUCUCUUGUUACAGUCAUCAAAUACAGAUGCUGAAAUAAGUGGAAAUUGUGUUAAUGGAUGGAUGCCCGAUAUCAUACCAUCAGCAACAUAUGUCCAUCAAGAAUCGAUCCAUGGUUUACCUCAUCCGGAAAUUUUAAGUCCACCAAUGAAAAUACUUCACCAUGAGGCAUAUACUAGUGCAGAAGGAAUUGCUUUGCUUUAUCAGGAUAACGUUCCAACCAGUGAUAUCGAUCAUGUUUAUGGUAACUGUUCUAGUAAACAUCAUUAUCCAUCCUUUACUUUUAGUCGUUAA